UUUUUAUGCAUAUCCGCCGAGAGAAAAAGAAAAAGAAAAUAAAAACUGUGCUCGCUCUGUCGGUUUCUUUCUCUGUUUUCUCUAUAUUUGCGCUUCUUCCUCUCUGUUGUCUCCACUACCCAUUUCCUCUGCCACAUCCUCUUCCUCUUUCUCUCCCCGUCUCUUUCCUUCUCUUCAUCCUUCUAUUCGAGAAAUGAUUAUAGCUUUACUGAAUCACAGCCUGGUGGAUUUCUUCUGCCUUUUUAUUACGAUUCCUUAGCUUUCUCUCUCCUCCUUCUCUCUAAAACGAAAAAGAAGGGUGGUUUUUAGUAUGAUGGAUGAUCUCUGGGAAAGGAAAUUAUUGCAUGAUGAUGAAGACAAGAAUAUUGAGAUGAAGAAGUCUUGUACUGAUUGCAAAACUACCAAGACACCCUUGUGGAGAGGUGGACCUGCUGGGCCCAAGUCGCUGUGCAACGCUUGUGGGAUCAGAUACAGGAAGAAAAGAAGAGCAAUGUUGAGCUUAGACAAAGACAAGGAAUCAGAGAAGAAAAAGAAACGAAGCCAUAGCACCACCACCACUACCACGCUCACCACUACCACUGCUACCUCAGCCAGUAGCGUCAACAAUGGAAAUGGAUUGGGGGAUUCAUUGAAGAUGAGUUUAAUCGAAGUGGGUGAGAAAAUGAUGUUUGAAAGAUCAUCAAUAGUAAGGAAACAAAGGUGCCAGAGGAGAAGGAGGUUGGGAGAGGAAGAACAAGCUGCUUUUUCUUUAAUGGCAUUGUCUUGUGGCUCAGUUCUUGCAUGAAAUAUGAAAAAGAAAAGAAACAGAAAUGGGGAAAAAACAAACUCUAACCCACAUACCUUUUCUUUGUCCUUUUUGAUUUUUUUUUUCCCUUGCCCCUUCAUAGAAAAGGUAGUAGUUCUGUUAAUUUUGUGAAAGAGAUGAAAUGAAAUGCUAUGUUCAUGUUGUUAA